AUGGAGCAUUCAUUACGAGAGCAGACGCAGACCGACAAGCAUGACACUCCUCCUCCGCGGCUGACUCCUACACUACCUCCUCUGGAAGAGGCCAUGCUUCGAGAUGGCGAGUCCUGGGUCCACGCCUUCUCAAACCUGAGAUACGGCGUCGUCCCGACAAAGAAACCUGAGGAGGUCAUGGCCUAUCAGGGGCUUGCUGACCACACGCUCGAAUCUGAUCCCGAGAUGGCAAGAGGCUAUCAGCUUUGUUUGCAGGAACAGAAAGCGCAGUAUGUCCGGCAGAAGUUGGAGGAAAAGAAGGCUGAAAUCUUGAGGCGAAAAAGAGAGGCAGAACAAGAAGUCGCCCGGCAACAAGCGAUACAAAGAGCCAUUCGCGAGCAGCAGCAAUUCGACUUCUACAGCAGGCAAUAUCCCCGAUACGGGCACUUCGUGCGUCGGCCGGGUCUCUUCGCUCACGAAAAUACUGCGGUCGCGGUUGGAGGAGAGGAGUUCGGGGACACAGACUCUGAGCAGGCGUUGCACUUGGAUGACAGCAUAAUGAGCUCGCCAACUUACCGCUUUGUGGCCCUGGACGACACAUUUCAACAGUUCGGUGCUGCUUCCCCAGAUGUUGCCAUGACUGUCGACAGCGUCGCAGAAGCCGAAGAGUAUCUGCCUGAUGGAUGUGCGACAGCCAGUACCCGAAGUCGCAGAAAGUUUCCCAACGCGUCUCAGCCGUUACGAUAUAUGGCAAACCGGGCAAAUCCACGUUCCACAGAGCUAGCACAAACGCCGCCUCCCAGAUUCACUCCCGCCGCAUCACUUGGUGAAGGCGAACUGCCUCGAAACACGGUCCAUGACAUGCCAGGCAGAAAUCGGGUCGAACCAUACCGCAUCGUCCCCGACGAACCGACGCCCCCCUACCAGCCAGAAGACGAAAUGUUGCAAGAUGUCUCCAGCCCAGUGGCGCCGCCGGCAAAGUCACCAACAUUGUCCGAUCUGAUCGGAAGCGAGACUGCUUCUGAAGAUAACGGCAACGGUGCUGACGACGACUCGGACUUUGAUCCAAGAAGUCGAUCUCCGCGGCCUCCGCAACACCGUGACGUGCAGGGAUUUGGAAGGAGAAGUCGAAGGACGAGGCGGAGGUUGAGGCGUUAG